UAGGACGUCGGUGUUGAACGCAGCAGCAGCGAGAGCGCUUGAAGCAGCAAGAAAAUGGGAAAAAUCUACCAGGUCAUGGUUCAUGGUGUGAGAGGGGAGAAGAUGUUCAUCGACCUCUGCAACACCGAGGAGCAGAUGCAGAAAAUGACCGUACAGCAGCUGAGGCAGAAAAUAGCUGAGAAACUCCCGGACACAGCAGGACAGGAGAACCUGCGUCUGAUCUUUACAGACAAGAUGCUGGAAGGAGACGAGACGCUGCUGUCUGAAUAUGGGAUCCAAAACAAGUCUGUCAUCCAGGUCUUGAUCAGGGUCCCUGGAGGACUGACAGCUUGAUCCAGACCCUCUGCACCUACUGCACCUCCUCCUCAUGCUGCUGCCUCUUAAUGAG